CUCGAUUGGCAUACGGCUACCAUGGCCAUUAAAGCGUCUAUACCACCAGCUGUGCUUGUAUGCGCCAUUCAAUCAAAUAGUUGGAUCAGUCAUUUCAAGACCAACGCUUAUCUCGCUCCUAUCAUAUCUACCUGUGUCCUGCCGGCUCUCCCUCGCGCGAUGCUGGUAAGACACAAUAUGCGACUCACUUUCGCAACUGUUAUCGCCUAUUGCUGGGCGCUGCUUGCUGGCUGGUGUGGUGUUCAAGCCAGGCAUCAUACUACGCACAACCUCAACGAUAUAAGCGCCUACAAUUCUUCGGCAGAGGCGGUCGUGGCCAUCUUCUUCAUAUUUUGUAUUUGGUUUACGUUCACAGUAAAGUCUGCGUUUCCUAAUUGGGCCCUUCAGUGCACAUUGGCUGGCAUCUUCACAGUCGCGCUACUACCAAAUAUUGCUAGGGCUCCCACCAUGUCAGAAGUGAUUGAUGAGUCCAAUGUUAUUCUGGAGGCUUUUUUGGUGGGACAGGCUGUUGGUCUUGUCAAUGCGCUUAUCCUAUUCCCGCAAAGCUGUAGAGGGCUCUUCAGAAAAGACAUAGGACAGUGUCUUGAUGGGUUGGUGGCUGUCAUACAAGCACAAAGGAAAUGCAUGGAAGAUAUCUCACUGAAGAAAGUCUCAGCUGUGGAAGGAGGGGAGAACGGCAGCUCAUCCAUCAGUCAACUUGAAGAUGCCUUACAACGGUUCCUCAAGGCAGUUGGCAAAGCCCGCCAGGAUAGUGAGUACGCGGCGUGUGAGAUAUCUUGGGGCGUCUUUGACCAUACAAAGCUGGACGAAAUUUCUUCAUUAUUGGUCGAUCUUAUACCACCUGUAUCCGGUUUGAGUUCGGUAGCAGACAUGCUACAACUACACGUCGACGGAUGUAAUAUCGUCGGCGAUGCAGGCGAUGAUGGCGGCUCUGAUGAGGGGAGUAAUAUUACUUCAAAGGACGACGGCUGGCAACAUCUCGAAGCGGCAAUGCACCAAAAUUCAAGACAAAUGUCUGACACAAUCAUCAAAGGCGUUGAGCACGUCAAACUUCGACUAGAGUCAACAAAUGGUCGCACUUUGUUCAAUAGACGCCGCGCCAGAAAAACCGACAAAGAACAUGAAGCCGGUAUAACACAGCCAGGAGACACAGGUUUUCUCGACUCAUUCCGCGACGUGUUCGAAAUUGGCCGUGUCUUCAGUCAAGAGAAUGAAGACAUGAACAACAAAGAACUUCUUGAUUGUUAUAUCCAGCAUCGUCCCCAGGUUGGAGAUUUGAAUCAAUACACUUCCGAAAUGCACUACAAUACGUUACGAUACUUUCUUUUUCUUCAUUCUCAAACCAUUCUGUCGUCUUUGGGAGAAGAAUUCCUCAAGCUCCUAAUUUACGUGGACGACUGUUAUACACACCCGAAGCGGUUGCUUAUUCCACCCUUUUUUCAUCCCCGUUAUUGGAUUGAAAAGUUUAUUGGCUUGAGAGUUACGCAACGAGACAGCGCUUCCCAAAAGUCAGAUGCUCAAACCAGCAUAAAACUUGGUUCUUCAUUCUACGAUCCCAAAAAUCCUGACCAUCUCCCGCCUGGCAACUUCAUGGAAACUAUCGGAGACUAUAUUCGAAAAAUCAGCGCUAUUUUCCGUAGCGAUCAUGCUGCGUACGGCCUCAGAGGUGCCUGUGCCAUUAUGACCGUUGGUAUCAUCGCAUUUCUCCACGAUUCACAGGACUUCUAUUUCGCGCAACGCUUUCUCUGGGCGAUGUUUGCCAUUGUACUUUCCAUGGCCCGCACCACUGGAUCAUCAACUUUUCUUUUACUCGGCCGGGUACUUGGUACAAUUGCUUCAAUGAUAGCAAGCUACAUCAUUUGGUAUGUAGUCGACCAAAAGACUCCUGGCAUACUGGUCUUACUUUGGCUGUGGUUCCUUGUCCUUGGCUAUUUAUUCGUCAAAUUUCCCGAUUUCUUCAGCAUAUGGUUUGUUGCUCUCAUCGCUUCAAUUGUGAUGAUAGCGAAUGAACUUCAAGUACGCAAACUGGGAGAAGCAGCCAUCAUACAAUCCGGCCAAGCUGUCUAUCGGCCAUAUAUCAUAUUUCCCUAUCGGCUCGCUGUCGUCACCCUUGGUGUCCUCAUUGGCUACUUCUGGACAAUAUUCCCGUAUCCUCUGUCCGAGCAUUCUGAGCUCCGCGAGAAUAUGGCCAAAGCCAUGUAUGGGCUUGCACGCUACUACAUGUGCAUCCAGCAAACGAUCCUUGCACGUCUCAGUGGCAAUUUCGGCGACAUUAGCGAUAAAACAAGCCCCGGGUUUCACCUUCAGGCGGCUCGCCGCCGCAUUUUCCACAAGUACCAAACCCUGAGCACUAGAGCUAAAACAAGCUACCAGUUCCUUGACUGGGAGUUUUCGCUUGGCGGCCGCUUUCCCAAGCAAACAUAUGGCGAGAUGCUCUCCAUUCUCGAGCGACUCGUAAGCUACAUGACUCUAGCAAGCUAUGUGUCCCGGGAUCUGAAAGCCCCGGAUGCCACCGCGUCUUGGUGGGCCCACGACCCAACCGGUGCAGCUCAGGCUCAUUUGACCCCAGGAGGCGUCACAACGAGAAUGAUCAUACUGCAUUCUGCGCUAAGUCGAGCCCACCCGCUGCCGCCAGAAUUA